AUGUUUGCAGGUAAUCCCGUUACUCAAUACUCAAAUGAGCAGCGUUCCAUUUGCCCACCAACGUUUUCUCCACUUACUCCACUUAUUGCUAUGAGAACCAGUAACAAGAACAGUAAUUUAUCACAAGAUAUAAGAAAUAAUAACAGUGGCACUUUAUAUUUACAACAUGGUAUGACAAUGAAUAAAAUUUAUGAAAUAUACAAAAAAGAAUACAAACAAAGGUAUGGUGAAAAGCGCAAAUGCGCCUCCUUUGAGACUUUGAAAGAGAUCUUCUACGCUAAUUUUAAAUUAAAGUGUAAGAAAUUAAAGAAAGAUACAUGCAACAAAUGUGACCUAUUAUCUAUAAAAAUUUCUAAUGCAAAAAUUCAACAAGAAAAAGAAGAAGCUAAAGCUGAGAAGGACUGCCUUCAAUUUUAUAAAAAAUUAAGAAGUUCCGAUGAGAUCAUCGAUGAUAUUGAUGGGUUUGGUGGAGAGCCUGACUUCGAGAUGUUUGAUGUAUAA